AUGGUGCUCCACACCUCCACCCACCCCCUUGUCGCCACCCGCCUCACCGAGCUGAGGCUUCACGACCUCAGUCCCAAGGACUUUCGCCAGGGCAUCCACGCUCUCGGCUCGAUGAUCCUGUACGAGGCCAGCGCCAGCGUGCCCCUCACCGACGUCCCAGACCUGCACACCCCCAUCGCGUCCUUCACGGGCAAGACGGUCGGGGCGCGUAUUGGUCUCUCGCCCAUCAUGCGUGCUGGUAUCGGCAUGACUGACUCGGCCCUGGAACUCUUCCCCGACGCGACCGUCCUCCACCUCGGUCUGUUCCGCGACAAGACCACCCUCCAGGCUAUCGAGUACUACUCCAAGCUGCCCAGGCAGGUGACCGCCGACCUGGUCUACGUGCUUGACCGUGAGUGUUCGCUCAAGCCGUUAAUGUUUGAGCUAGGCCUUCCACAGCCCAGCUCUACCAAACACAGCGCGCUCCAGCUCUCUCACCCUCGUAUCUCUAUUGACACCCUACCAGCUCUGAUCGCGACCGGUGGCACCGCCGUCGCCGCCCUCGGCAUGCUCACCGAGUGGGGUCUCCAGCCGUCGCAGAUCAAGAUUGUCUCGAUCCUCGGCUCCAAGGCCGGCGUGGCACACGUGCAGGAAGAGUUCCCCGAGGUGGACAUUUACAUCGGCGCCAUCGACGAUCUCCUCACUGACAAGGGCUACAUCUCGCCUGGACUCGGCGACGCAGGUGACAGGAUGUACAACACCAUUUGA